AUGUCGAACUUGCUGGGAAAGUUCGGCAAGGCGAGGGAGGAUGGCUUCUUCAAAGCCGAGCAGGAAGCCGCGAUUUCGGUGAUCCGCCGCCGCAAGAUGGUCGACGGCAAGAUGCAGCUCGUCGAAGAGUCCCCGAAGAAGCCCAGCGUCGCGCGCACGCACGCCCACCCCAUGCCCAACGGCCUCCCUGACCCGCCAGCGGAGCGCGACAUUUCAGGCGUCCUCGCCGAGGUCCACGCCGCGGAGGCGCGGAUGGGCACCGGCUCGGCGCGCAGCCGCGCGGAGGCUGUCCCGCGGCCCGUCGCGCGGCUCCCGGAACCGGACCGCGAGGCCGUUGCCGCGGCUGCAAGCGCCAUGGUGCGCAGGAAGUACGAGCCGCUGGGCGGGUUCGCGCUAGGAACGCUGCCGGCUCGGGGCGGCGGCGGCGGCGCGUCGGCGUGGGCCUCCCUCCCGGACGCCGAUCACCGCCGACAGCUGCUGCGCGGCGAGGGCUGGGACACCGGCAAGCCAAGGGGCCCGCCGGUGUCGAAGGAGGCGAUCGAGGGCGCCCGGCGCGCGCAGGCGGUUGCGGUGCGCGCCCUGGCCUACGGCGCCGCUGGCGCUGUCACGCUCGUGUCCCUCGCUGCGGUGUUCGUCACACAGGGUCUCGGGGUACGCAGCGCGGAGGAGCUGCGCGCGAUGGCGCGCCGGGGCGCCGGCGCGGACGCAAAGGGUGCUUCGGGGGUGUCCUGGGGGGGGGCGGAGGAGUGGCGGGGGCGCCUGCGCGGGUUCUUCCGCGGCCUGCUGCCGGCGGAGAUCGUUCCGAACGACUCGGCGCCGAAGCCCGACGGGCGGGCCUGA